UUUACUGUCACCGAGCAAAAAUGCAGACCAGCAACGACAGCAUUGGAGAACUCCUAACGUUAGUGAAGUAACUCAAAAGCAGCACCAACAAGGGGUGUAAAAUCAAGAGAGCUGAAAGAAAUACUGGGAUACUAACUGCACAGUGAUAUGGCUAAACUCCUACCUGGACUACUAGUCUCUCUGAUGGCACUGCAGACCCUUCAGGAAGAUGGGAGAGAUGCCAAAAUCAGAAGAAAAAUUCCACCUGGUCUUGGUCCAAAAACAUUCAAUGGGACUCCACAAAAAUCCAACCACACAAACCAGCCGCCAGCCCUGCUGCAGCCCAACACAAAAUCUCCACGGCUUCAUGUGCGCCCAGAGGAUCCUGCGGCAGCCUACACCUCAGGGGUCCUCAGCACCCGGGUCAUCCCCUCAUUCUACACCCUGGCCAUGGCAGUGGGAAUCCCCUCCAAUGUCUAUAUCCUGGCCUUCCUGAAAGUCCGAGCCAAGUCCCUGUCCACAGCAGUGCUUUACCUCAGCCUGGCUUUAUCAGACCUACUGCUCCUGCUCUCCUUGGCGCUACGGGUUCACUACCACCUCAGUGGAAACAACUGGAUAUUCGGGGAAAUGGCCUGCCGAAUUGUCACCGCCUUUUUCUAUGGCAACGUCUACUGUUCAGCUCACACUAUUGCAUGCAUCAGUCUGAAGCGCUACCUGGCCGUGGUCAGGCCGUUCCUGUAUAGGCGUCUGCCAAAGAUGACACUGGCAGUGGUGACUUGCCUGGGCGUGUGGGCCCUGUUUGGUGCAGCUGUAGUGCCAGAGCUCCUGGUCAGGCAGAGCUACCACCUGCCCCAGCUGGGAGUCACCACCUGCCAUGAUGUACUUCCUCUAGAAGAAACCUCCCAUGCUCUGCUGAUACCAUACAGGCUGAUACUGGUGUGUCUAGGCUUUGUAGUGCCCUUCCUUACUUGUAUUUGUGCUCAUGUGGCAGUAGUCUACCACCUGGGGAGAUCUGGGUGCAACUGGAGACCUUUUGUUAGAGUCACCACUCUGGUUCUCCUUAUCUUCAUGGUAUGUUUCUCCCCAAGUGGCAUUCUGCACAUCGCCCAUUACAUAUGCCUCUUUUCCAGCGGGGACGACAGGCUAUAUGGAUACUACAGAGUAGCGGUGUGUCUGUGCUGCUUCCACAGCUGUCUGGAUCCCUUCCUGUGUGUGCUCAUGUCUAAGACAGCCGCCUCGAAACUGCAAUUCAUUUCCCUCCGCAGGACACCUCAGAGACUGCCUGUUAUCAUCCAAAACUGAAUGUGUGUUUGUGUGUGCUUGUGCGUCAUACUGUAAAUACCUCAACAUGGAACAGACUGUUGGAGCACAGCAGGAGAGCAAAGGACCAGGAACAAAGUUAUAAGAGGAACUUUUGCCAUUGGCAAGUUGAUACCAAAUCUUUGUCAACUCAACAGCAGUUUCUAUUUGCUCCUGAAAAACAGUCUCUGUGAUAGAGCCAUUUGUUCAUGUAGUGUCAGAAAAAGAAAUAUCCAGACUCUGUGGAAC